AUGUCUUCCUUUCAAUAUGAUGAAUCCAACUACAAGCUGAUCGCUUUGACUGAUGUGAAAACUGCUAAGCAAAAUACAAAACAAGAAAACCCUCAAUUCAAUCUAUCUCCCAUGCCUUCAACUGAAUCUUCACUAUAUGAAAGCCGUUGCCCAUAUUCCAGGUCUGUUUGUGUAUCGUCAACAGGAUGUUUUCAUUCAUUGCAUUUGGAUUUAUCACUAACAUAUGUGGAUGAUGAGUCGUAUGGGUGUUUUUCAAAUAAUACAAAUCAGGUUGACUUACUCUGCCGAAAUUCAAAAGUUGGUAGACAAUUGUUAUAUUGUUGUUCUCCAGAUGAUGGGGAUUUAUGCAAUCGGAACUCGAGUUUGCUAGAAUUAAUCAGUCCUAUGCGAAUGAAUGCUCAUGCCAUUACAUGGAAAUCUAUUUUGACAGCAGUGUUGUUCCCUACCUUUGCACUGUUUUGUGGGCUUCUAGCGAUCAUGCUUUUUUGGAAGUGCUUUUUAAAAAAACGAAUAGAAAACUACGAUCGCUAUGUCGAUGAACUUAGCUACAAACGUCCCACCUUCACUACAGAUGUCUACAAUUAUCUAGUAAAACUCAAUGAAGAACAGUUUUCGAAUCGUAAGUUAUCAUCUUAUGUCUCACCCAGAAUGGGAAAUAAUCUUUCUUCAAAAAAUUUGCAUAAUCCUGAUCCUUCGUGUGAACUUAUUAGCUGCACUAGUGGAAGUGGAAGCGGUCUUCCGUUCCUUGUUCAGAGAACUGUGGCACGUCAUAUUAGAUUGACAAUGUGUAUAGGGAAAGGACGAUUUGGUGAAGUUUGGAAAGCUACAUGUCAAGGUGAAACCGUUGCUGUUAAGAUUUUUUCUAGUCGUGAUGAAGCCAGCUGGGCUCGUGAAACAGAAGUUUACAACACUGGGUUAUUGCGUCAUCCUAAUCUCCUGGCGUAUUAUGCUAGCGACAUGAUAUCAAGAGGUGGGUGCACUCAGCUCUGGUUAAUUACAGCGUAUCACGCUAACGGAUCUUUACAUGACUUCAUCAGUCACAGAUCAUUAAAACUACAGGAUGGUUUGCGUCUGGCCAGCUCCAUUGCAGCAGGCUUGGCGUUUUUGCAUACAGAAAUAAAAGGAUUACAUGCUAAACCUUCUAUUGCACACCGUGAUCUCAAAUCGAAGAAUGUUCUUGUUAUGAGUGAUAUGACUGCAUGUAUAGCUGACUUAGGUCUUGCCCUUGUGAAUUUACAAAGUCUCCCAGUCGGACAGCCUUCCUCAUUUAUCUUCCUCAAUGCUAUCUAGUGGUGUUAUGUCCAGCGGUAUAACUCAAUCAGACAGAUUGUGCAGUGGACUUUCUGGUCCUUCUUCUUUAGGUCCUCCUCCUGCCGGACCUAGGGUUGGUACUAA